AUGCCAAUGGGCGGCAGGGACCGCGACCACCCGGUGGCCCGCCCUUUCGACGACCCGCACAAUACGCCGCCGCCGCGGCCGCCCUCACCCGCCACCUCCACCAUCGCCUCCUCCUCAGACCUCGAGCUGGGCUCCGAUGCGUUCAGCGGCGGCACCCUGGAGACGCCCGCGCAGCAGGCGCGGCACCACGACGAGCGCCUGCACCAGCAGGACCUGGCCCGAGAGGCGUACCAAAGGAGGGAGGCCCACAAGGUGCUGGCCGCAGACGAGAGCACCGCAGAGGAGCGGGAGGACCGCUACCAGGGCAUCCUCCAGGCCAUAGACUCCCUGGGCGCCCAGCAGGCAGCCGCCGCCGCACCCCACCACCCUGCCGGCGCCUCGCUGGCCCAAUCCAUGGCCGGCGCCAGCGACGACGACGAGCAGCUGUCGCCCGAGGCGGCGCGCCUGGCCACCACAGGCGGCGGAGAGCGUCAGGACAGCGAGCGCUUUGACGCGCUGCGCCACACGGUGGAUGAGCUGGGGGAGGGGGAGGAGGCGGCCAGGCUGAUCAUGGAGAGCUACCAGGGGCGCAACCUUGAGCAGGAGGCGAUGAGGACGAUGGACCCUUCAGAUGCUGACCACAUGCCGCACCCGGGCGACCGCUACCUGCCGCCGCACGCGGUGAGGACUCGCGCGCCUCCCGGCGGCGCCAUGGCCGCCCGCCUCAACCACACCCAUGCCAGGCGCGGCCGCUGCUUGCCCGCCCUUGGCCCGCCCCGGCCGGAUUUUGAGCGUAACCGCGUGCUGCCGCUGCCCCCGGCCCGCGGUGGCAACAGCGGCAAGGGGCAGCACGCGGCGUCGGCGUCGGCGGCAGCGGGCGCCUGGAUGCCGCCUGAGGGCAGCCCGGCAGCAGCUGCGCGGGCCCAGCACGAGCCUGUGGGGCAGGAGGAGCAGGGGCAGGGGUGCCAGCCAUCAGACGAGGGCGGGGCAGCACCAAACGACGACCAGAUUGGGCUGGGGGGCGCCGAGGGCGCCACCGGCGGCCCCAGCGAGACGGCAGAUGACCAGAUCGACUAUGAGCAGGACGCCAUGCGGGGCGCGGAUGCGCUCUACUAUGCCGCAGAGCACGCCGCCAACCCAGCGGUGAACGACCCGGCGCCAGGCGGCGGCUUCGCGGGCGGCGGCGGCAACAUCGAGGCCCCAGGCGCGGACCCAACUCCCCUGCGCCUUGCCAGGCAGUGCUGGCCUGCUUGCCUGUCCCGCGCCCUGCUCUUCCUGCACCCCCUCCUCGCAGCAACCCAGGCCUCUUUCCUGGCAGCUCGCCCCUGUGCCGCUGCGCCUCCAUCCAACCAUCCAACCCAUGCCCUCCCUCGCCCUUCAACAUCUGCAGAGGAGUUUGAUGUCGAAGGUGGCGCGCUGCGCGGCUCAGACUCCAUGUUUUACUUCAAGGCUGGUCCGGCCGGCAGCGGCGGCAGCGAGGAGGAGCAGGCGGCGAUCCGGGGGGGCGCUGUGUGGGGCGCGCUGCACUCCAGGGAUGAGCAGCACAGCGCCUUCCGCCGUGCCAUGGAGGAUGCUGCCCCUGUUGCCAAAAGUGUGGCCAGGGGCGGCAAGGGCGGCGCGCGCUCGCCGCGCCGCCGCGGCGCAGUGGCACCAUCUCCGCCGCCGCCGCAUGUGCAGGCGCGGGCCACGGGAGUGGCUGAGCACACCGCGCAGCUGAACAGCGCUGCGAGCCCCCAAAGGGGCACCGUUCAGCACUCGGAGGGCGUGCUGCUGUCGCUGCGCAAGCGGCAGGCGGAGCGUCAGGCGGACCAGGCCAGCAUGCAGCAGCUGGCUGAUCGGCUGAGGGGAUCCAGGAUGGGAGGCCGGCCGCCGCCAGAUCCCAAGACGGGGCUGGGCCGUGUGCUGGAGAUUGCGGUCGGCAGGGCGGCCGCCGCGGGGCUCGCCUCUGCUUUCUUCUCGGAGCUGCUGACGGGGCAGAGCGUGAUCAGCCAGCUGCUGGGCAGGUUUGAGGGACCUCGCCAGAUCGAGUUUGCACUGCCGAACUCUCAGGCGCUGGCGGCGGCAGGUGGGGUGCCUAGCGGGGUAGGGUGUGCCUUCGGCAGCGGCAGCAUGACGUGGCGUGUGGUGUGGGAUUGGGAGGUGUGGCUGGGCCGCGCUGCCAUGGGCCUCUUUGCCCUGCUGCUGGCGUACGAGAGCGUGCACAGCAACCGCCCCGCCUUCAGCACCCUCUUCUACUUGUGGUUUUGA